AUGUCGCUAAUUCAGGUGGAGGACUUGGUCUCGUACCAAUUGCGAACAAGCUACCUCAGUGAGGUUGCCGAUGGCGUUGGAGAGCGCCUCCUUACUAUCAAUGACAGCUUCCUCAAUACUGCACCCUUCAAAGCCGCUGGCUGGCGAUCGAAUUCGUCCCAUAUCAAGCGAACCCAUUCCCCUCCAAUACCCACUGCGAUCGCUUCCGAAUACUUCCAGGCUGCGCCCCGGUCUGCUGGCUUGACCCUUGAGGAUGAUGCUGAGGAGGGAGGGAUGCUGACGGGUGGAGGAGGAGAUACACUAGGACCUGGCAGCGCCAUCAAACGUCGCAGGGAGAGGCGGCGAGAGCAGAUGGAGGAGGACGACAGCAGUGAUCUGAGCGACGAGAGCGAUGACGAGUCGGACCAGAGAGCCGCCCAGCAAAUAAGAUUUGCCAAGAUGCCCGUCAGGAGUAGGGCCGGCUCCUCUCCUAUACAAGGGUCCAACUUGCGCCAGACAACCACCAUGACCUCGCCACGGCAGGCUCCUGGCGCUAGGCGAGGAUCACAAUCCGCGCUCGAGGUCGUCAAAGAACGAGCCCGACGAGAUACUGUCACUAGCAACGAGUUCUCCUCGGACAACGAGUUCGACGCGCCUGGCUUCCAUAAGCAAAAGGGGGCAGCAAGAGGGGCCGCAAGAGGGGCAAGAUCACAUUCCAAGACUAGCAACGACCCAGCUCAGGGUGUCAGACGGGAAGAAAGCGACCUUCUUGCCGAGGAAGAGGAAGACUCUGACAUGUCAGACACUUCUUCGCGAUUUGUUGCAAGUGUUGAUUCAACCUCGAUACUUGACACGGGGGAGAACCCUGUCGGUGCUUCUCCUGGUCAGCAAGUAGUCGGGACCAUACCAAAGCAACUUCUCAGGCAACCUACCAUUCGGAAACCAGAGAGGGCGCCAGAGCCGCAGCUACUCCAUGCCCUUCCACCGCCGCGCCCCAUGAGCACUAUAAGGCCAUUGAGUAUGGUCCAGCCCAGGAGUUUGCUAUCAGAUGCUUUCAAGGCCAAGCAGACGAAGCCAUCUAUGCCCUUCGACCCGUUCGCAUCUUUAUCUGGACAAGGUGAUCCCGACCCCCUGAGACUUCGUAUAUAUGCUCCCUUCUCCGAGAAUCCGGAAAAGCCUUUUGAUGUCCUCAUUCGACGCAACAUACAAGAAGCAGACGGUAGUUUCAGGCCUGUGACGGUCGCGGAACUGAUUGGCUUGAGUCUAUGGAGAUAUCAUUCUGAGAAGCUUGAGCCUCCGGUUCCAGCAGACAAGCUGAAUGUGAAUUGGUGGACUUUGCGAAUGGUUGAAGAGGAUGGUGAGGUCGACGAUGAUUUCGAGCCGCUUGACCGGAAGAAACCCCUCAACUCCUUCACCACAGCAAACAACAAGGCGGCCAGGUCACGAUCAGCUGCCAAGACGCAUGAUGACUUUGCUUUGGUACAAGCAUCCGAAGCAGGCUUUGCGGAUAACCAGGUUCAAACGCCCCAGUUUGAACAUGAAGAAGUUGCAGAGGAGGUGAUGGACGAUGAAGCCACCCCAAGAAACACGCCUCAACCACCGUCAUCCCUGGCUCCGGCACCACAGCCUCGCUCGAACCCUAUCAUCACUACUACUUACCGCAAGGAUGCACCACUGGCCGACAAGCCGGCUGCGCCCGCUUCGGCCCCCGCAGCCAGCAGAGGACAACAGAAACUCUUGCGCGUUCAUAUCUUCUCCUCGGAUAUCGCGCCGGGGCAGAUGGUCACUCUCGACGUAACGACAGAUAUGUAUCUCGCCGAGGUUCUUGAUCUAGUCUGUCGUAAGAGACAGCUGGAUAAGAGCACUCAUGUCUUGAAGCUCCCUGUGUCAGGUGCCUUGGUCUACCUAGACCGUGCAGUCACAUCCAUCGGCAAUGUGUCUGAUCUCGAACUGCACCGUCGUCGGUUUGCGACCGAUGGUCCUCUCACGAUCACAGGUUCUCCGAGUAGUUCGUCGCCCAAAGUACACUCGUGGGACGCCCAGUUGCCGCAAAAGGGCAAGAAGAAGGUCAUGACGACACAUCCCCUUGCCCAAGAAGCCAUGAAGCAAGACGAAGCAGGUAGUGGCAACGUGAGCUACAAGAAGUAUGUCGUCUUCCGCAAGCAGCCAAUGCGGUUCGUCGGAAUGAACGAACGGAUAGUAGCCAUAGACGGCGAGUAUGUCUACAUCAUGCCCUCAUCUAACGGCAAGGCGACACGCGAGGGAGGCAAGACCACCACGGUCCACUUUAGCAACGUGGUAGGGUGCAGCGUGUCGCGCCGGCAUCCCACCAACUUCAAGUUACUGGUUUAUAGAGACACGGAGAGCAAGCGAUACGACUUCGAAGCCAAGAACACCCUUGAGGCGUCGGAUAUCGUACGCGAGUUGAAGAAGGGCAUCUCACCAUACAACAGGGAUACGUAG